AUGAAGCGGUUCGGUCAACAAAGAAAACCGCAAUAUUUGUUAACCGGUAUUGAACCGACGAACCGGCCGCUUCGCCCAGCCUCCAGCCUCCAGCCUCCACAGACCCACACUCCCACUCCCACAGCACAACACCGACGAGGCCACGAGGCCACGACCCACCACGACCCACCGGCCACCACUGGGAGAGACAGAACGCCUGAAGCCCUCAACGCACCCACCUCCGUCGCGCCCUCAGCAGCGUCGCGCCCUCAGCAGCGUCGCGCCCUCAGCAGCGUCGCCCUCAGCNNCCCUCAGCACCGUCGCCCUCAGCAGCGUCGCCCUCAACACCGUCGCCCUCAGCACCGUCGCCCUCAGCACCGUCACCCUCAGCCACUUCGCCGUCAGCGUCUGCCUCUUGAGAGAAAGCAACAGAGAAGCGUCAGCAGCGUUGAAGAACUGAAGUCCUCAUUUCCAGUGGAAAUGAAGGUGAUGAAAUCAAUGACGCAAAUCUGCAGCAAAUUAUGGAGGAUUUUGAUGGUUGAUGACAAAUUUGGCUCAUUUUGAUGCUACUAUGUUAUGUUUGGUUGUUUGUUUCUUUACUUUUGAACUUUGAAUUUGUAUUUGAAUGAGAUUAUAACAUUUGGUUUAUGUAGUACUUUUAAUUUGAA